AUGUCAUGUGCGUUGACCGAGACAUUUAACUCGUUGAAGCCUCAACCUUGUGUGAAGGAACCAGAGCUAUGCCAACCCACCUCCAAGCUACAGCAUGCAACCUUGUACACAGCUAUAGCCCUAGCAACAAUUGGGGUGGGAGGCACAAGAUACACCAUGGCAACAAUGGGAGCAAAUCAGUUUGAAAACCCUAAGAACCAAGCCACUUACUUCAACUGGUUCUUCUUCACCCUCUACGCAGCUACAGUGGUCAGCAUCACAGCCAUCGUCUAUGUUGAGGACAAUGUGAGUUGGAGAUUAGGGUUUGGCCUGUGCGCCAUUGCCAACCUAAUUGGACUGGUCAUUUACUUGUGUGGGGCCCGUUUCUAUCGUUUUGAUAAACCACAAGGGAGCCCAUUUGUGGGUUUGGCUCGCGUGGUUGUUGCUUCAGCUCGGAAAAGGAAUCUCCAGCACUCGUCUGGCUGA